GAGAGGGCGAGCAGGAGGGGAGGGAAAGUGCGUACUGCUGCAAGUUGGAGUACAACGAACGCUACGCCAUGCAGUACGGACAGUACCGCCCAGAGCCCGGGUUCGAGAAGUCCGAUAUUGACAUGUGUUCCCACGAAUUGCGUCCGGUUCCCAAAGGCACACGGUGCCGAGUGCUUCUGGGCAGUGGUGCGCAGGCUUCACAGUCUUGCUACUUCAUCAAGGCGGCCCAUACCUUUAUCGAUGAGGACAGCAGCAAGGAUGUCAGAAAGAUGUCCCCGCAAGGAUUCUUCAUCGAUGGUGCGCGCGAUGCGCAGGGGAACGAGCUUUCCGCAGAAGACGUAGUAGCGUUCAUGAAGAAGCAACGUGAGAAGGGCAACCUUCCUCGUG